AUGAGGUUCGCCGAUUUUGCUGUCGAUUUGGCAGCUGUCCUCGGAGCUUCGCGCUCAGUCGCAUCCAGACAUGUUGCACUGAGAGGCCGACAGCUUGAGAGCUUCACUAAAGCCUCCAGCUUAACACGCAAAUCCCCCACGGCACCUCAGCACACACGAGAUGACGUCGCAACAGAAGCUGCGGCAUCCUCCGAUAUCCCAGGAGCUCAGCCGACAAUCGAGAAAGAGACGCCGCCGUCAAUGAAGGAAUCGACACCUCAACCCAGUAAUCCCUCGCUCACAACAUCAAGCAGCUUCCAGCCCAAUCUCAACAAUGCAGCCCGUAUCUCACCAAGCUCAGGGUCAGUCCUCUCUGAACUGAGGCAAUCCAAUCCUUCAGCUUUCCCUUUCCCAGGCGUAUCACCAUUGGAUCAAAGGCCCAAGGAUAACACCGUUCCUGCAGGGUCUUCAGUGAGCAGGUCGGCGGCUCCGUACGGGGCUCCUGUCUCUGAAGAGGCAGACGACCUCCCUCAGGGUGUCAACGUCAACAUCUUCCAUAGUACCCGAGCCGCCAAAUUGCUAGGUAAUGAGGGAGAAUCAACAAAGGUUGAUUUCGGUAACCGCAGGAAGCUUCCACCCACGAAACUCCCCGAGUUUGUCGAUUUCUCCAAGUUGUCCAAGGGUGCCGAGACAAAGAAGUCAGAUACCCCUGAGGACGCUCCAAGCACUUCUCGACUUGCCCCUCAACCUGAAGUUGGCAAGAGCGAAGUUUUGAGAAGCGAAAACUCACCAAUGCCUUCAGAGCCUCUGUCUGCAGCCGAUGCCGCUACCGGCCCGGUAUCAAAGGAUGAACCUCCCGUCGAAGCUAUCUUGGGCGCUGCGGUCGACCAAACAGCACCGCCUGCAUACGCCCUCAGGGAAUCCAGCGUGCCCGCCACGCGCCUAAGCAGACUUUGGAACUAUGGCGGUCUGGCAGCAGGAAUGAUGGGUGGUGCCAUCACCGAGAGCAUUGGCAGAGCAUUUGGCGGUGGUGGUGAGGGUUCAGUAUUGCUCAGUGCCGGCAACAUGGAAAGGCUCGUCGCAAAGCUGUCGAGAAUGCGCGGCGCUGCCCUGAAGAUGGGUCAGAUGAUGAGCUUCCAGGACACAAAGAUGCUCCCGGGACCGAUUCAGGAGGUUCUACAGAGAGUGCAGGACCGUGCCGACUACAUGCCGGCCUGGCAGAGAGACAAGGUCCUCAAGGCAAAUCUGGGUGCGGAAUGGCGCGAGCUGUUUGAGGACUUUGAGGAGAAGCCCGUUGCUGCCGCGUCCAUCGGGCAAGUUCACCGGGCUACCUUGAAGGAGGAUGGUCGCAAGGUCGCGGUUAAGAUUCAGUUCCCUGGAGUCGCAGACUCGAUCAAUUCCGACCUCGACAACCUGGGCAUUCUCUUGACCGCUACCAAGCUCCUACCUAAGGGCCUGUACCUGAACAAAACCAUUGACAACGCGCGGCUCGAGCUGGGAUGGGAAUGCGAUUACGAGAGAGAGGCGCAGUGCCUGAUCCGUUACAAGGAGCUCUUGGCUGAUGAACCGGAUACUUUCCUUGUGCCUGACGUUCAUCUGCAAGCCUGCGGAAAGAAUGUUCUGGCCAUGGACUGGAUGGAGGGUGUGGGCGUCACCAGAGUCAAGUCGUUUACUCAGGAGCAGAAGAACUGGAUCGGCACCCAGAUCCUCCGUCUCUGUCUCCGGGAGAUCACCGAGUUCAAGUUUAUGCAGACUGACCCUAACUGGACAAACUUCCUCUACAACGCCAAGACAAACAGGCUCGAGCUUCUCGACUUUGGCGCUUCCCGGGAGUACCCCGACGAAUUUGUUACCCAAUACGUUCAGCUCCUUGCCGCGGCCUCGAGGACCGACCGGGACGAAGUGAAGCGUUUGUCUGAGAGCCUCGGAUAUCUUACAGGCCACGAGAGCAAGCUCAUGGUGGACGCCCACGUCAACUCGGUGCUCACCCUGGCGGAGCCUUUCCUCGGCUCGGCACCCGAAGUCUACGAUUUCCACGACCAGACCAUCACGGAGCGCGUCAAGGCUCUUAUCCCCGUCAUGCUCCGCGAGAGACUUGCGCCACCACCCGAGGAGACUUACAGUCUGCAUCGCAAGCUGAGCGGUGCGUUCUUGCUUUGCGCGAAGCUCGGCAGCAAAGUCAGGUGCCGCGAGAUGUUCGAGGAGAGUCUGAAGAAGAACGGAUAUAAUGCUUAA